UCCAUCAAACAAAUUAGCUGCCGUAUUUUCCCUAAUUAUAUUUUUAUUUGUUAAACUAUUAAGCGGUGAUUAAUAUUUAAACAAUUUCUUGCAAACUCUUCGUCAGUCCAACGUUAGACACGAAGCCUGCAUCAUGAAAACUAUUGUACUCUUUGUCUUCCUCUUCAUGGCAUGUAUCAAUGCCAAACCGUAUUUGGGCUACAGCUUAGGUAAUAGUGUUGGUCUGGGCUAUGGAAGCGGUUUGGGUUACGGUAGCGGAUUAGGCUAUGGCAGCGGAAUGGGCUAUGGCAGAGGUUUAGGCUAUGGCAGCGGAAUGGGCUACGGUAGCGGGCUAGGCUACGGUAGCGGGCUAGGCUACGGCAUCGGGUCCGGAAUGGGAUAUGGCGAUGGAUUCUUUUCAGAUAUGUGGAUAUAAUAACCGUUUGUAUGUUACGGAAUUAUAAUUUACCAAUGUUCAUAAUUUUAAUUAAUAAAAUAAUGUUUAAUUACA